AUGAAUACAAAAAGCUUCAGAGGAUUCAAGAGUAAUCAACCUCUAUUUAAAGUUAAAGUUGAAAAGAAGGGCAGGUCUAAAAGACCUACGCUACAAGAUACUACCCAGACUUCUAAGUGUAUAGCUGGGAAGUGUAUAGAAGAUCAACAGGUGAACGUGUUUAUGACUGUUUCAAAACUAAUCAAGAUUCCUUCACCGCCAGAGGUUCUGCUGAGGAAAAUUGAAGAAGAGAAACAUAAAUUAAAGAAGGAUGAUUUUAAUAUGGAUAACAUCCUUCUCUGGGAUCCUUAUGUGUAUUGGGGAGAGGGCUAUUUCUUUUCCAUUGCUGAUUCAUCACUAAAUAAUCUAAGUACUAAAGGCUCUCGAAAAGGCUGCUCAGAGAAACCGCUGAAUUCCUUUAUGGCUUUCAGAGCUUACAAUUCCCAAUUUGGAAAUGGCUUAAAACAAAAUAUUUUAUCUUCCUUACUAGCUGCUGCGUGGCAUUCUCAUCCCGAGCAACAAAAAAUAUGGGACACAUUUGCGCAGCAGUUUAAUUUUGUCAAGCCGAAGUGUGGGUUUGUGGAGUGGGUGGAUCAAAGAUAUGAGCGGGAGAGUUGUAUUUAG